AUGGAUCCCCGAUAUUGUGCUCAAGACAUCAUCAGGUGUGACCUUUGUGAGGGAGAUGUAGUGCAAAGUCAUUGCGAAGUUUGUUACACCAACCUCUGCAAAGCCUGUGUAAGGGAGCAUCUUUCAGCUUCAAGCAAAGGACACAAAGUCGUGCCAUAUUCAGAAAGAAGAACUCCCAACAAUCCAAAAUGCAAAAACCAUCUUAAAAAUUGUCAAUUGUUUUGUGAGAAAUGUGACAUUCCUGUCUGUUCUACGUGUAUCUCCUCAGGUAAACAUAGAGAACACUGUUUAUUAAAUAUUUUUCAGAAACUUAGCUGUAAGACAAAAGCUAUAAAAAGAGACUUGAUAGAACUUGAGUGUAGAAUUUAUCCAAAAUAUGGAGAUAUUGCAUUAGACAUUAAAAACAAAAAAGACAAGUCGGAUAAUCUCUAUCAUAAAUUGAAAAUAGCCGUUAACAAACAAGGAGAAACCUGGCACAGAGAAAUUGACAUAAUUGUAAACAAACAAAAGUCUGAAAUUGAUGACAUGAAAACUAUACACAUGUCUAUUUUAAAUAAACAGGAAAAUAUCAUCACACAAAUUACCUCCAAAAUGAAACAACGUGUUCUUGAUUUGCAGAAAACUCUUGAAUUUAAUGAUCUCUCCCUAGCACACAAAUCCAGAAACGAAGAGUUCAGACGCUUACCUCCAAAAGUCAAUGUUUCAUUGCCAGUAUUUUCUCCUCAGAAGAUUAACACAAAACAGCUUAAUCAACUCUUUGGUUCUCUGUCAGAAUUAUCAAUGACAACAAAACAUGGUAAAACAAUUGAAACUCCAGAAACUGUUUCCUACCCUCAGGCCAGACCACUGCUUGAUGAACCAGAGCUCAUCAGCACCAUAGGUGCUAAGAAUAAACUAUACAGUAUUGCCUGUCUCAGUGAUGAAGAGAUUUGGACACGUGAGAAUGACAGUAUUAUGAAACUCUACAACCUCCAAGGCAAACUAGUAAAGUCCAUUUGGACCAGCUCAUGGAAAAAUACAGAUGACAUAGCAGUGACGAAGAGUGGGGAUCUAAUUUAUACUGAUUAUAAAAGAAGAUCAAUUAACAUAGUGAACAAGAGAGAUAUCAGUGAACUGAUUAGGCUAGAGGGAUGGAAACCAAGCAAUGUCCGCUGCACAUUAACUGAUGACCUCCUGGUAAUCAUGGACAGUGAUGAUGGAGAGCAAUCCAAGCUUGUUCGUUACGUUGACCAAAUAGAAAAAGAAACCUUUCAGUUUGAUAAUACAGGUAAACCUCUGUAUUCAUCCGGUUACUUCACAAAAUACAUCAGUGAGAACAGGAACCUAGAUAUUUGUGUAGCAGAUUAUCUAGCCAAAGCAGUAGUGGUGGUUGAUCAAGCUGGAAAUUUGCGAUUUAGAUACACUGGUCAUUCAACAUCUAUCAGAAAUGUCUUUGAUCCAGUCGGCGUUACAACAGACAGUCAAAGUCAAAUCCUGACAUCAGAUCGUUUCAACAACUGUAUCCACAUCCUCGACCAAAACGGACAUUUCCUUCGUUACAUUAAAAAUUGUGAACUACAUCAUCCAUGGGGUUUAUGUGUGGACACUAAAGACAACCUCUUUGUAUCUGAGUCUGACAGUAAAAAAGUAAAACAAAUAAAAUACAUGUAA